AUGACAAAUGCCAUUCUUGAAAAAGUUUCAAAAUUGGCUCUUCGUGAACGAUUUGUCAUGACAGAGAACAACAAUAUCAUUUCAUCGGUUGAGGCAAGUACCCAUGAUUUGGUAUUGUAUCCCAAGUAUUGUGGAAGCUCUCGUUUUCAAAGCAAGGAGGCUCUUGAAUUUGUAAAUAAGGGAAAGAAGAUUAUCUUCUUGUUGUAUCGUUAUGGCAAUAAGAAUGAUUCGUUGCAAUUGGGAUCCGAAUUCUCAAAUUGUGCCAAGUUUGAAUUCUUUACGAGCAGUCUUGAUAAAAUACAGCUUGUGGAAAAUGAUAAAACCGAAGGAGAAUAUUUUUGGUUGUGUGUGAAAUCAGACAAGUGA